AUGGGUCUAUCCAUGUAUUUAUUAAUUAACAUCCCUUACGCCCACUAUGCCAUGAUCUAUCUAGAUAAUAUAGGCAGACUUAAGAGCAAAAUGGGACAGUUUUCACCCCUAAAGUCUCUGAAAGAUUUAUGGAAAUCCUUGGUGCUAAGAUUUGGGUAUCAGUGCCCCAUGUGCAGAGAUUCCCUAGCCCACUCUAUAUAUGGCUGCGUUGAGGAAACGCCCUCUUGUGGAUUAGUGGAUAGGGUUGGGCUUAAGAUCAGUAAUACUCCUAAAAUUGCUAAAGUAUUUAUUAAGUUCAUUAAGCUAAGAAAGCAAGUUAAGCACCCCUAUAAUAGAUGUAAACCAGGAGACCCUUAUAGUAAGGAGGAAAAUCUGCCAUAUCAAGGAACUUUACUAAUAGAUUUAGAAUGCCUGUCUCUGUUAAUCUAUAUCAUCCGCAAGCUCAGAAGAUUUGACAAGGUCUUCAGAGUAAGAAGGAUGGAAGAACACUAUGAAAGAGGAGAAGUUGAUGAUAAUGUGGAUGAGGCACUUCCUAUUUACUACUCUAAAGUAAACUUAACUAGCCUAAUAUCAAGCUUAGUUAAAUAUAUGGGUAUAUAUACUAAAGAUUAUGCAUUGCAGCAGAUGCUUGGAACCCCUGUAAUAAUAGUGCUUAUUAGCCCUAAUGAGACACCUGCUGCUUUUAAUUAUAUGAUACAGGAAAUGCCUCACAUGGCUCACAGCCUGCUGAACCUACCUUAUGACAGAUCUUUAAGCAUGGAUGGCAUGAGCAUAAGAGGCCCUUCUUUCCAUAGAAGAUCUUUAAGUCAUCCUUGUGAUCCAUCACAGCAGGCUCCUAAUUCUAGCUGA